AUUCACUUUUAUUAUUUGUUUGAGAAUGAUUUGAAAUGUUUUGAAUAUUAAGUUACAUAAAAUGAUUUGAAGAACCCUUCACGGGACGCCUCCUUCUCACUCUCGGGAAUCUCUCUCCCAUAAAUCUUCUCCCGUCCACCAAAUCGACGUCAACUGUCACCGCCGCCGGACAUCCCCUCCUCUAGACUUUGAUCCUAAGCUUCUCGAGGCUACUAAUUUCACUUUGAUUCCAUUGAUCUUAAGCAAGUUCGCAAUUCUUUGAUCUUCAAAAUUUUUGGUAGUCAAAAGGAGAGAGAUGGAAAAAGUGAUGAACAUCUUGAAGCCCAAACCAAAUCCUCAACAACAGCUGAGGGAUUGGCAGCGUAGGCUCCGACAAGAGUGCCGCAACGUCGAACGCCAAAUUCGAGAUAUACAGCGAGAAGAGAAAAAUGUGCAGAAAGCCAUUAGGGAUGCUGCCAAGAGGAAUGAUAUGGUCUCUGCAAAGGCACUGGCUAAAGAAAUUGUGAGGUCUAAAAAAACUGUGAACCGCCUACAUGAAAACAAGGCACAGCUUAAUUCGAUAUCCAUGCACCUUGGCGAAAGUGUUGCCAUUGCGAGAACGGUGGGACAUCUUUCCAAGAGUGCUGAAGUUAUGAAGCUUGUUAAUAAUCUGAUGAAGGCCCCAGAAAUGGCAAAAACAAUGCAAGAGUUUAGCAAGGAGAUGACCAAGGCUGGGGUGAUCGAGGAAUUUGUAAAUGAUGCGGUGGAUUCAGCACUAGAUUCUGAGGAUAUUGAAGAGGAGAUUGAAGAGGAAGUUGACAAAGUUUUGACUGCCAUUGCCGGUGAGACUGCGGCACAGCUUCCAGAAGCUGUCAGGAAGGAAAAGAUGAAACAACCGGCUCAUGUGCAGGAAGUCCGGGAAGAGGAAGCAAUAGCUGAGGGCAUUGAUGACGAGGAAGAACUAGAAGAGAUAAGGGCUCGACUUGCGAAAGUUAGAUCAUAAAUUCAAUAUUUCACAUAAAAAUGUAAAAUUGGCUGUAGCUCAAUUUGAGUGUCAACGGUACUUGUCCUGGCAUAUAAUGAGAGAAAAUAAGCGACAUACCAAACUUUCUCUUGCUCAUGUUUGUGUGAUCUGAGAUUAUAUUUAUCAAAUAGAUAGGGAGAGGGUGGAGGUGGAGACGGAAACUAACCGUUUGAUGUAUAUUGUAUCUAAUCUCUUAUUUAAAUGAAAAUGAUGCAUUGUUCUAUCAUCA